CACUGACUGGCUGCACGAGAAGUUUGUUCCAAUUCCCCAAGAAAGCCUAAGCGUUGGAACCGCCAAGUGAAGAUGAACAAUAACUCCGCUGUCAACUUACCUCACGACGAGUACACUCCGUGCAUUUUCGAACAAACGUUUUCGUAUCCCGUUUCGGCCUGCGCCACAGCAAUUACUUCUGUAGCGGUAUUUGGAAACUUGUUGGUCUGUCUCGCAAUACUUGCCAAUAGACAUCUCCGCAAUAAUCCCACGGAUCUCUUCAUUCUGUCCCUCGCUCUCUCGGAUUUUCUUGCAGCAAUCAUAGUGAUGCCGUUUGAUAUUGAGUUACUUUUCAGGAUUGAUUUUGAAUGGAAUCAUGGAGAAGCAUUCUGUAUAAUUUGGCAAGUUGUGUACCUUAUUACCAUACCCAUUUCGGUUUUCAGCCUCUUGGCCAUCAGCGUGGAUCGAUACAAGACCCUCAGAGAUCCUUUGGCUCGCUUUAAGACCGCACAAUUCCUGACUCAAAAAAGAGCCUCCCUAGUCAUCAUGGUAAUCUGGCUUUACAGCAUUUUAUGGGCACUUUUUGUCUUCAUGGGUUGGAGAGAAAAGGGAGAGCCAGAUGAUAAAGACAACUGCAUGCUGCCCUAUACUAAAGAAUACAACAUUCUUAGCUCUUUUUUCAAUAUCAUUUUUCCGCUAAUGAUCACAUGCAUUUUCUACAUCUUGAUUUACCGCUGGCAUAGAGAAGAAACCGUACCAUCGUAUGAGGAGGCUUCGUAA